AUGUCUACACCCACUAGAAGACGACUCAUGCGUGAUUUCAAAGGAAUUCAAAGUGACCCACCAGCUGGUGUAUCAGGCGCUCCUUGUCCGGACAAUAUUAUGAUGUGGAAUGCCGUCAUCUUUGGUCCAGCUGAUACUCCUUUUGAGGAUGGCACAUUUAAAUUAGUAUUACAAUUUGAUGAAACAUAUCCAAACAAACCACCUCAAGUCAAGUUUGUUUCGAAAAUGUUUCAUCCCAACGUAUAUGCAAAUGGAGAACUUUGUCUCGAUAUCCUUCAAAACCGCUGGAGUCCAACUUAUGAUGUAGCUGCCAUCUUGACUAGUAUUCAAUCACUCUUUAAUGAUCCCAAUCCCAACUCUCCAGCUAACGCAGAAGCCGCUAAUCUUUAUCGAGAGAACAGAAAGGAGUAUGUACGAAGAGUUCGAGAAACGGUUGAACAAUCAUGGGAAUAA